UACUCGGCUACUCCUAGUUGCUGGAGCAAGCAAACAGUCAAACACCUCCACGGCUCCACGCCUCUACCACCUCCACACUCAGGCCCCAAUCCCACCCCGCCCCCACCGAACCUGCUUCUUUGAUAGCCUUCCUCUGUCUUGCUCGGUCCCUGGUCAAACAUGGCCGAAUCGUUCGUUCUCAACACCGGCGCGAGGAUCCCAUCGGUUGGCCUUGGCGUAUGGCAAAUACAGCCUGACGCUGUAGGCAACGCCAUCUAUGCUGCUGUCAAGGCUGGGUAUCGGCACAUUGAUUGCGCUGCAGCAUACCGCAACGAGAAGGAGGUGGGCUUGGCUUUGAAGAAAUUAUUUGAGGAUGGUGUGGUUAAGCGUGAAGAUAUGUUUAUCACCUCUAAGCUGUGGUCCGCUAAUCAUGCACCUGAAGAUGUGCCGGAGGCAAUUGGUACCACGCUUCAAGAUUUGCAGCUUGACUACUUGGACUUGUACCUUAUUCAUGGUCCAAUCCGUAUCAAGAAGGGAACUACGAUGAGCCGUGAAAAUCUUAUCCCUACUGAUAUCCCUGCUACAUGGGGAGCAAUGGAGAAGCUAUAUGACUCUGGCAAAGCUCGUGCGAUUGGUGUGAGUAAUUUUUCGUGUAAGAAGCUGGAGGAUUUGUUCGCCAUUGCACGUGUGCCUCCAGCAGUGAACCAGGUUGAGUGCCAUCCGGUUUGGCAGCAAGACAGGCUCCGUAAGCUUUGUCAGUCGAAGGGUGUUCAUCUUUCUGCCUUUUCGCCCUUAGGUUCACCUGGAUCACCUGAGGUCAAUGGCCCCAGCGUCCUCAACAACCCCAUUGUGAUCUCUGUUGCUGACAAGAUACAGAAAACACCUGCCCAGGUCGCUCUACGCUGGGGAAUUCAAAUGGGCCACAGUGUACUUCCCAAAAGUGCCAAUGAAGCAAGGAUUAAGGAGAACAUCGACAUAUUUGACUGGUCUAUUCCUGAAGAUUUGAUGGCGAAGUUCUCUGAAAUCAAACAGGUUAGACUGCUGAGAGCCGAAUUUGCAGUUCACCCUCAGAGCGGCUACAAUACACUGGAGGAUCUUUGGGAUGGCGAGAUAUAAAGCAUACAGAUAUGUCCAGAAUAAAUGAGCAGGGUGAGGGAAAUAAUCUUAUAUGCUUUGCCUGGACAGCUGAGAAUGAUUGCCUUCAUUUAGAGACAGAACAUGUGAAUACUUGCCCUAUGCUGCUCUUCUAGACGCUUCUUUUCAUUGUAUCCAAAGAUGACUGUGUUACAAAUAAAGAAAGGGCUUGUUCAAAUUAUCUUUAUGACAA